AUGAAAGGCCAGCAGCUGACGCCUUUAGUUUCACGAGUGGAUAAUAGUGUUGCGUUCAGGACUGCGGGGUUUCACGAGGCAAGAUAUUUGAGGAGUGAAAUAACACAGAGCUCCAGGGACCCAGUCUUUCUUAGAAGGCGAAGGAACUGUUCUCUACAAUCUAAUUAUCCAGUUUGUUGGGUGCUGUGUAAUCGUACAGACGGGAUGCCUCGUGGAGACUUCAACAUUUAUUUUGCCAGCAGCAGACGAGGAUAUGUCAGAGCUGAAGAAGCUGUGGGCAUAGUUCUACUGGUGGUCAUUCUGGCAGCUCUCCUCAUCCUGGGCUGCUGGUACUUCAAGAAGAGGAGUGGGUACAAAAUAAUCAGGAGCCCUAGAUCAGGGUCACCAGGAUACACAGGAGGCCAGUACUCAGAGGCAGGACCUUCGGCAGAUAACAAGAUGGCUCUAACUGAUUUUGGGAGCUUCCGACCUGCGAUUCCUAAUGCUCCUCCAGCCUACGAAAAGAUUUCCUCAGGGCCGCUGCCUCCUCCCUAUUCCCCCUGAAGGACAUUUGUAGAAGAUGGACAGAUGUGUGAAGAAGAAAGAAAAAUAUUGUAGAACAAACUCUUAACUUCAUUUGUUGUCUCAUGCAAUAU